GUGUAUGGCUGGGGCCAGAAUAGCUAUGGCCAGCUGGGCCUGGGGGACCGAGUGGAGCGCCACACCCCCUCCCUCGUGGAUGCCCUGUGGGCGCUGCCGGUCAAGCAGCUGGCCUCAGGGGAUUGGCACAGCACCGCCCUCACACGCUCCGGCUUCCUCUUCACCUGGGGCUGCAACCAGCAUGGACAGCUGGGUCUGCCCCCCGAUGCCGAGCACGCUGCCCUGCAGUCCCUGAGUCGCACGCGCGAGAGCCGACGACGGCUUCAGAAGCGGGUGAAUCAGAAGUUCUUGACGGCGAUGCUGGACAUGGGCAUCCAGAAGGAGAAGGCAGAGUUGGCGCUGGUGGAGACAAAGAACGUUGGUGUGGAGAUGGCGGCUGAGUGGCUGUUUUCGGCACCCGAAGGGGUGAUUGAGCGCCAUCUGGAGGAGGAGCGUGCGGUGUCCACCUCUGAGCAGAGGGGCUCUGAUGUGACUGAGGACAAGUGUGUUAUGGUGCCAAAGAGGGUCCCCCUGAAGUGUGUGAGGUGCAUCGGCGCUGGUGGCAGCCACACAGUCGCUGUCACUGCCCAUGCAGUCUACAGCUGGGGGGCAGGCGAGCGUGGCCAGCUUGGCAUAGGUGCCUUCUGCAACAAGGAGCUGCCCCUGAAGGUGGUGGCCCUGGAUGGUCGGGACGUCGAGAUGGUGGCAUGCGGCUCGCAGCACACCCUCUUCCUCACAAAGGAUGGCAGUGUGUAUGGCACAGGCUCAAACGACUCUGGGCAGCUUGGGUGCUCGGGGAACAAUGGGGCAGAAGUUGUGUGCUUGUCGCUGCCUGCAAAGCUGAAUCUGCCAUUCAACACUGUCCAGCAACACAGGGGGCGCAGGAAUGAGCCGAUCGUGGGAACCAUCUGUGCGGGGGGGAAUGCCAGUGGGUUCCUCACACGCUCCCCUGACGAGAUCCCGGACUUGCCAUCUGUGGGUCUGUGGGACAGGAUGCAAGACAGCAUUCAGGCUGUGCGAGAGGGAAACCGGGACGACACACACGAGUGCACUUCCAACAUGAGAUCCCUUGUGAGCGCAGUCGAGAUGGUCUUUGGAUCUGCUGCUGCCCUCAGUGCCACUUUUGGCUACAAGGACCGUGUGGGACUCGAUGUGUACACGUUGCGCGAGGUUCAAAAGGAGAUUCUCUCACUUUGUGACAAGAGGCAUGUGAGUGACCCAAGCCAAGGUCAACUGAAGUCCAUAGCCGACCUGUGCAGUGUCAGCAUCGUUCAAGCUAUGUCAAAGGCUGCCACGCAGCUCAUUGAGGACUUGUACGGUCAUGUAAAGCUGCUGGGCACGCCUGAGAGGGCUCAGGUUCUUCUGGCCGCAGCGCAGCACCCCCUCCUUCUGGAGCAGCCCUUUGCAAAGUCACUGCUGCCAAGGCUAUGCUCCACAAUUUUAAACUCACCUUCGGCGACGCGGCAUCUGUUGGUGAAGUGGUGGGCUGAGUACCCGGGAGAGCUACUGGAGGAGGCAGUUGUGAAGCCUCUGCAGUGCUAUGUUACAAAAGAGCUGAUGGCAACGAAAAAGUUGACUGUCAGUGUGAUGAAUGCCAUCAAAGUUCUGUCAAAGGUUGAGGAAUCCAAUGACAUAGGCAGGAAGCUCCCCCCUGAGGCGUUCUACAACCAGCUGAUCAGUGAGAAGAUGGAUGUUCUGGACCAUUACAUCGCUUGGCGCCAGAGUCACGACCAUCCCCAGCGCCGACCUGGCCAGGACGGCCCGUUCUCUUUCUGCAGCUACCCUUUCCUGCUCGACGCAAGGGCCAAGAGCAAGCUGCUGCACAUGGAGGCAAAGCUCCAAAUGGAACAGACGAUUGCCCAGUCCCGGAUGGAGUCUGUGUACGGGCCUUUCAACCGGAAGAAUAGGAAAGAGCCUGAUGAUGGCCGCAUCCUGCCAGACCGCAAGGCGGCCCUCAAGCGGGACGACGCAGAGAGCAGCCGCAGGAAAAAAGCAGGAGCUGGUGACCCGGGAAAGAAGCAGCGGCCCCGCGAAGGGGCGGGUUUUCGGACGCUGUUUGUGAACAUGCUGACCAGCAGGAUGAACCACCACGAUGGCGGUGGCCGGGAGGGUGAGGGGGAUGAGAUGGACUCCAGGCUAUUGGGCCGGGAGGGUCCCUCUGAAGAGAGGCUGAGGCGGUCAGGAUCGCUGCAGCUGCCGCGGCCAGAGCACAGUGGCAUUCCUGCAACCCAUUCCGACAUGUGCAUCCUCCGCAUCAGAAGGAACCACCUGACAGAGGACGCCCUGGACGAAAUUGCACGGCAACACAGGAAGGACCUCUUCAAACCGCUUCGGGUUCACUUUAUUGGUGAGGAGGGCAUUGAUGCUGGUGGCGUGAAGAAGGAGUUCUUCCAGAUAUUGGUGGAGAAGCUGCUGUCGGUGGAUUACGGCAUGCUGGCCUAUCAGCCAGAGUCUAGAACCUACUGGUUCAACCCGAUGUCUUUGGAACACGAGGAUGAAUUCUUGCUGAUUGGCCUAGUGGUUGGGCUUGCUGUGUACAAUGGCGUGCUUCUGGACUUCCCCCUCCCGAUGGCUCUGUACAAGAAGCUCAUCGGCAUGGAUGUGGGGCUGAGGGAGAUGGAGGAGAUGCAGCCAACAGUUGGGAAGUCGCUGAAACAACUGCUGCAGUAUGAGGGGCCUGGCAGCAUUGCGGACGUGUUCUACCAGUCUUUCAGCAUAGAUGUGAAUAUGUUUGGUGAGGUCAAGACUAUCCCCCUUAAGCCAAAUGGGGAGGACGAGAUGGUGACUGAGGAGAACAGACGUGAGUACACUGACCUGUAUGUGGACUACGUCCUGAACAAAGCCGUGCACAACCACUUCGAGGCGUUCUCGAAGGGUUUCAGGACCAUAUGCGGAGGACCUGCAAUCCACCUGUUCAAUGCCCAGGAGUUAGAGCGGCUCGUGUGUGGAAACCCGUUCCUGGACUUCGAGGCCCUUGAAAGGAAUGCCAGAUAUGAAGGCGGGUUCAAGGUCGAGUCACCGGCGGUGCGGUGGCUGUGGGAGAUUGUCACCGACUUCACCAAGGAUGAGAAGAAGCUCUUCCUGAAGUUCUUCACCGGCAGCGACCGGGCGCCCAUCGGCGGCCUGGGCAACCUGAAGUGCAUCAUCCAGCGGGACGGCACAGACAGCAGAAAGCUGCCCACCUCGCACACGUGCUUCAACACGCUGCUGCUCCCGGACUACGGGUCUAAGGCCCUGAUGAGGGAUCGCCUCAGACUUGCGAUCAUGAAUGCUGAGGGAUUCGGGUUGGAAUAA